CGCUUCGUACAUAAGUUGGGGGGCGAAUUGCCCUUUGUCCCUUCUAAAAUUCAGAGAACACAUAACAAUAACAAUAGCAUAACCAAGCUAAAGCUAGAGAGAGAAAGCAUGAAUGCGCCAGACCGAUACGAGCGAUUCGUUGUUCCAGAAGGCACCAAAAAGGUUUCAUACGAAAGAGACACCAAGAUUAUCAAUGCGGCGUCGUUUACUGUAGAGCGAGAAGACCACACUAUCGGCAACAUUCUUCGCAUGCAGCUACACAGAGAUGAAAAUGUGCUCUUUGCUGGUUACAGGCUACCUCAUCCUCUCCAGUACAAAAUCAUUGUUAGGAUUCAUACAACUAGCCAGUCUUCGCCAAUGCAAGCGUAUAACCAGGCUAUCAAUGAUCUCGAUAAGGAACUUGACCAUUUGAAGAGUGCAUUCGAGGGUGAGUUGGCCAAGUUUUCAAGGGAUUAUUAAGCAUGCGGGUGUUCAAGGAAGGCACUGUGGGUGUCAGUUGACAAUGUUGUUUGAUGGAAGUUAGUUAAAGGGUGAUCUUGAUUAAAGUUUGAUAUCACUGGAUGUAAUUAAUGAAGGACUUGUAGCUGAACUUUGAUUGUGGUAAAUGAUAUUCAAGAGAUAGCAUGCUGAUUCUGUUAA